AUGAAAGUUGUUAACACAAGAAGAAUCCCUAAAACUGAAGCUGAAUGGGACACCGAGGAUUAUAAACUUAUUUCCUUAAAUGCCAAAGCUAAAGUCAAUCUAAAUUGUGCUAUAAGUCCUAGUGAAUAUAAUAGAGUAUCUACUUGUACCAUAGCUAAAGAAAUCUGGGAUAAACUCCAGGUUACUUAUGAAGGAACUUCACAAGUCAAGGAAUCCAAAAUUGACAUUCUUAUGCAUCAAUAUGAAUUGUUUCAUAUGAAUGAAAACGAGUCCAUUAGUGUAAUGUUUGUGAGAUUUACUGACAUUAUAAAUGGCUUGAAACAUCUUGGCAGAACUAUGACUAACUCUGAUCUUGCAAGGAAAAUUCUAAGAAACUUACCUGAAAAAUGGGAUGCAAAAGCAAUGGCAAUUAAGGAAGCUCACAAUCUCAACACACUUGAGUUAAAUGAACUCCUUGGCUCUCUUUUCACAUGGGAGAUCACCCUAAAAGAUAGAAAAGGAGAUCAUCAUCGAAAGAAGGAAAUUGCUCUCAAAGCAUCUCAAAUAGAAAAGGAAGUUGCCGACAAUGAAAGUGAAAAUGAUGAUCUGGUUCUCAUCACUCAAUCCUUCAAAAGAUUCCUUCAUAGGAAGAAAUUCAACAAAGGAAGGUUCAAAAAGGGUGAAUCAUCUAAUGAACAAAGCAAACGAGACACCCCUACUUGUUUUCAUUGUGGAAAACUGGGACAUUUCAAAGCCGAUUGUCAUGCCUAUAAAGCGGAAAAGAAAAAGAAAAGAGCAAUGCAAGCCACUUGGGAAGAUGACGACUCAAAUGGCUCCGAAAGCGAUGAAGAGAAAGCCAUCAUUUGUCUCAUGGCAAACAGGGAUGAGGAAAAUUCUAAUUUUGACUCUUCUUCUGAAUGUGAAAUGUCUUAUGAUGAUUUGGUUGAUGCAUAUAAUGGAUUACUUGAUGGUUUUAAGGAAUUGUAUGAUGAACUAGGUAAAAUGUUCAAAAAAUGUGCCUCUCAAAGAAGGGAAAAACUUAUCGUUGAAAACAAACUUCAAACUCUUCUAAAUGAAAAUGAAUGCUUAAAAAAGGAAUGCAUGUCACUUAAAGAAACUGGAUCACCUGAACUUAUCUCUAAAAAUGAAUCCUUGAAGUUAAUCAUUGAAGAUCAAAUUGAUGGUCUAGCAAAGUUUACUCAAGUAGUGGCUGCAGAGGAGCUCGAGGCUGAGGAGGCUGAGGCAGCAGCAGUAGAUCCUACAGCGGAUGAUGUACCAGUAGGUCCAGUUGCCGAGCACAUAGACAUUGAUUUAAAGCGACCUGCAGAUGAUGCAGAGCAGCACUCUCCAGCUGGGUUGCCAGUACACGAGGAGGAGCAGACUCAAGAUCUUUCUUCUGAUUCAUCCAUACCUGAGGCUCCUAGUCAGACUCCCGGCUUUGGAGAACGUAUUCAGGCUCUUGAGGAUGCAGUAGUUGCUAUCAGAGCAAAUACUGCUGCCAUUCGAGCCGAUGCUGUAGCCCACCGAGAUGAUUUUGCUACAUUCUGCACGGAUGUCAUGACUGCACUGCGAGACAUGCAAAAUACCAUACAUCCAUGGUAUACAAAAUAUAACAUCCAAAAGGAAAGCACGCUAAACAAGUGCGUGUCAAUAUACAAAAAUGCUUCAAAGUACUCAUAA